ACUUUCUACUUCGUUUUCUCUAGAUUUUCAUGUAAAGUGAUGUUUUCCUUUUCUUGUUCAUUGCGAUCUUGAAUCUUGAUCAUCACACUCAUAGUUAGAUAUUGUGCGCAUGCAACAUCACACUGUUCCGGGUUGGAAAAGCUAAACAUCAUUUUACACAAUGGGUUAUAUAGGCGCUCAUGGCAUUAAUGCACUGCAUAGAUACAAGUACAGUGGAGUUGAUCACUCUUAUGUUGCAAAAUAUGUCCUACAACCCUUUUGGACUCGAUUUGUUACUUUCUUCCCUCUUUGGAUGCCGCCUAAUAUGAUUACACUCACAGGAUUCAUGUUCCUACUCGUCUCUGCAGUGCUUGGCUAUAUAUAUUCACCUCAUUUGGAUUCUCCGCCACCAAGAUGGGUUCAUUUUGCUCAUGGACUACUUCUCUUCUUGUACCAGACUUUUGAUGCUGUUGAUGGAAAACAAGCUAGACGGACAAAUUCUUCUAGUCCAUUAGGAGAACUUUUUGAUCAUGGAUGUGAUGCACUUGCAUGUGCGUUGGAGGCCUUGGCUUUUGGGAGCACUGCCAUGUGUGGAAGAAAUACAUUUUGGUUCUGGGUGAUUUCAGCUGUUCCGUUUUACUGUGCAACUUGGGAGCACUAUUUCACCAACACCCUAAUCCUUCCAGCAGUAAAUGGGCCUACAGAGGGUCUCAUGUUGAUAUAUACAGCACAUUUCUUUACAGCUAUCGUUGGUGCAGAGUGGUGGGUCCAGGAUUUUGGGAAGUCUAUCCCUCUCCUGAGUUGGGUUCCUUUUAUAAAUGGAGUCACUACCUAUGGAGCUGUUUUGUUGUUUAUGGUACUUUUUGCUGUUAUACCCACUGUCUCAUUCAAUGUACAGAAUGUUUAUGAGGUUGUACAAUCGAGAAAAGGAAGCAUGCUAAACGCCUUGGCUAUGCUUGUUCCAUUUGGCGUGCUGUUGGGGGUAAUCCUUCUCUGGGAUUGUAUGUCUCCAUCUAAUUUAAUCGUAAACUACCCACAUAUGGUUGUGAUGGGAACUGGACUAGCAUUUGGAUUCCUUGUGGGAAGGAUGAUAUUGUCUCACUUGUGCGAUGAACCUAAGGGAUUGAAAACCAGUAUGUCCAUGUCUUUGUUUUAUCUUCCGCUUGCAAUUGCAAAUACGCUCACGGCCCGGUUAAAUGAUGGAACUCCGCUGGUUGAUGAGAAAUGGGUUCUUCUUGGUUUCUGUACAUACACAGCUGCACUGUAUCUGCACUUUGCGACAUCAGUGAUUCAUGAAAUAACAGCAGCUCUCGGAAUCUACUGUUUUAGAAUUACAAAGAAAGAGGCUUGAGACGUGUUCAUGUUCCAUAGUAAUUAAGGUUUACGAUGGUCUUUGCGCUACUGCUAAUGAUGUCUUAACACUGAGCUUGAGCUGAAGAUAAGUUAUGAAGAUGUAACUAGACUUGACCAUUAUGUGCCUUGUUUGUGUAUCAUUUAGUUCUUAAUUUUAGAUUUAAUUAAGCUUAAAAGAUGGUUUUCUUAUGAUUGUCUAUUGUCUUAAGGGCCGUUUACCAACA